CACCAUUCAAUAUAAGAGACUUGCUAUUAACCAACUAGAUGCUAUAAAUAACGACCAACCUGAAUUUUUGGAUGGUAAAAUGAUAUUUGAAGAUAACCAGAUAACCAGUUAUAACCGAGAUCAGACACCUGAUAUAGGAUAA